CCUGAGGAUCUUCCUUAGCAACCGUGGACAAACAUGAGUUACUUCAGCAUAAGGAACACUGGAACUAGCCCCACAGCACACACAGUGGGCCUCCACACAUCAUUUGAGAAUAGCAGAUAAGAGACAUUUGGACUGGCAUUCCUGAAGCUGCAUCCAUGGACACUGUAAAGACCGAGGGAUCUCAGCCUGCGUACAGUCGCUGGUCAUACAGACCUUCCAGUUCUGCCAGCUUCUCGUCAAACACAACAGCCAGUGGUGUUGAAAAUGACAGCAGCAGUCUUAUGCAACAGAAGCUGGAAAAACAGAGGGCACUGCUGGAGCAGAAGCAGCGGCAAAAACGUCAGCAACAUUUGAUGGUCCAGCCCAACACGGAGGUUCGCCCCCGGCGUUCCAGGGCACGGCGUGGUGAAGAGCAAGCCCCGCUAGUCGAAUCUCAACUCAAUGUCGCCAAUGAUGUCAUAAUAGAUGGUAUUGAUGGCCCAGCAGCCUUCCUGAGCGCAGAACCUCCUGAUAUAGGAAUGAAAAUUCAAAUCCUGUCAGUGAGCCAGUCCCAGUCUCAGUCCCAGCCUGAGUCUCAGUCUCAGUCCCAGUCCCCUGCUGCUGAAGAGCCUGAGAGAGACGGAGACACUGAGACGCUACUGGAGCCCAAGACAGAUAUCCACGAACUGCUGCAGAAGCAAGGUCUCUGCGAAAGCAUGAACUUUGAUGAAGCCAGUGAGCACGAGGAAGACUUGGAGGAAGAACGGACGCGUUCUCGGUCCUCUCACACAGACAGCAACAGGCCUGCCUCAGCUACUAGUGGCAAGGACAUUCCUGAUCUGGUUACCCCAGGAUCACCCACAGCGGAAAACUUACUAGCCGAUGUGGCGAAUCUGGAGGAGUUUGUCUUACGCCCAGCUCCACGUGGCGUCACAGUCAAAUGCCGAAUCACCCGUGACAAGAAGGGUAUGGACCGCGGCCUCUACCCCACUUACUACAUGCACAUGGAGAAAGAGGAUUGCAAGAAGGUGUUUCUGCUGGCAGGAAGAAAGAGGAAGAAGAGUAAGACAUCCAACUACCUUAUUUCAGUGGAUGCUACCGACCUGUCACGAGAGGGAGAGAGCUUUAUAGGUAAACUCAGAUCCAACCUCAUGGGCACAAAAUUCACAGUGUACGACAACGGGACCAAUCCGUGUAAAAACCCCGGGGCUCUGCUGGAAGAAAGCAACACACGACAGGAACUGGCUGCCAUCUGCUAUGAAACCAAUGUGCUGGGAUUCAAAGGACCACGCAAAAUGACUGUAAUCAUCCCUGGCAUGAACAUGAACUUUGAGAGGCUCCCUGUAAGGCCCCAAAAUGAGCAGGAGAGUCUCCUGAGCAGGUGGCAAAACCAUUCGCUUGAAAAUCUGAUCGAGCUGCACAACAAGGCACCCGUGUGGAACGAUGACACCCAGUCUUAUGUGCUAAAUUUCCAUGGCCGUGUGACUCAGGCAUCAGUCAAAAACUUCCAGAUAGUUCACGAUAAUGACCCUGACUACAUUGUUAUGCAGUUUGGUAGAGUUGCUGAAGACGUCUUCACUCUGGACUACAACUAUCCCAUGUGCGCUCUUCAGGCGUUUGCCAUUGGCCUGUCGAGCUUCGACAGCAAGCUGGCCUGUGAAUAGGUGCUGGUGCUCUGCCGGUAAAUUCCAGGAACUCAGUUUUUGCGUGUCCCCCCCACCCACAUGUCGUUUGUAUCAGGGUUGGUUAAACGUCUGCUAACCUGUGUACAGUUUAUGUGUAUAUGUACACGUGUGUAGAGACUAAAAGGGAAAUGCAAAUGAAUAAUCUGUGCUGGAGACAGAUGCUCUUAUUAGACACCAAGUGCAAAAAGAACUGAUCUGAUAUUUAUGAACCUGUUUGAAGAUAUGUGAAAUGUUUAUUCUUCACAUAUUUUUGUUGCCUUUUAUAUUUUCAUUCCACUAAGUUUUUUUUUUUAGCUUAAAAAAUAGCUAUCAUCUACAAUUCAUACUGUAAACCAUUUUGAACUAUGUAACAUGAUGGCCUUUCCUCUGGCACCACCUGCAGGCCCAACUUUAGAUGUUGUCAGCUAAUAAGGCAAUCAGAAACGCACAGUUGCUGUACUUUAUUUCAACCUCCAUUUAUAAGGAACUGGCAUCACAGCCUCAACACUAGUUUAACUUUUUUAAAUCCUUGUUUACAUCUUAAAUCAUAUAACAUAUGUUUUAAUCUGCCUUUUAUCAAUAGCUAAUUCUGAUAUUUUUUCAUUGUGGUUAUCACUCUAACAUCCUUGUGUGAAAGGUGGGGGUUUUGUGAAUAUUUUUUUUUUAAUCUUGUGACUGUAAUUUUGUCUUGGCGAGUUGGAUUAUCAUUAAAAACAUGAACGGAGAAUUGCACAUUUUAAGAAAAAUGAAAUACAGACUUUAUACAGUAUGAAAUAAAAGAUAACACCAU